AUGAUAGUUGCCCAAGUCUUCUUAUUUUUCUGCUUAGUAGCUGCUCGAGAAGUGGUGGUAGACCUUGAGUACGCUCAGUACAGGGGUAAAGCGCUUUCGAACGGUCUAGUACAAUGGCUGGGAAUUCGAUAUGCUGCCCCUCCUACAGGACCGUUACGCUUCUCUGCCCCACAGAAUCCAAGCGUGGAAGCUGGGAUCCAGAAUGCAUUUGAGCACGGCCCUACAUGUAUUCCCACUAGCGAGUAUCCGAUUCCCAAGGGCACAUCUGAAGACUGUCUUUUUCUAGAUGUGUAUUCUCCUUAUAGAGCUGGUGACCAUUCCAAGUUGCUGCCGGUAUUUGUUUGGAUCCAGGGCGGGGGCUUCAAUCAGAAUUCAAAUCCGAAUUAUAACGGUACCGGCUUGAUACAGGCGUCUGGUAUGGGAAUCGUCGUGGUUACCUUCAAUUAUCGUGUUGGCCCAUACGGGUUCCUCUCGGGGAGAGAGAUUCUACAAGAUGGAAGUGUGAACAACGGCCUAAAGGACCAGAUCAAAGUCUUGGAGUGGGUUCAGAAACAUAUACACAAGUUUGGCGGCAACCCCAAACAUGUGGUUUUGGGUGGUGCUAGCGCAGGAGCCGCCUCCAUCACCCUUCUUCUAUCAGCCUAUGGCGGGAGGGAUGAUGGUCUCUUUCACGCUGCUGCUGCGGAGUCACAAAGCUUUGCUACCAUGCUUAGUUUAGACCAAAGUCAGUUUGCAUACAACAACAUAGUCAUCCGCACUGGCUGUGCAAGUGACGCCGACACCCUUGCAUGCUUGCGUGGUCUGGACUUGGAGGUCCUCCAGCGAGAAAAUUUCAACACACCCUUGCCAAAUGCACAAGAGGCGCCCCUAUAUCUAUACGGACCAGUGGUUGACGAUGAUCUUGUUUCCGAUUAUACAUACCGUCUGUUUCACCAGGGUCAUUUUAUCAAGGUUCCUGUCAUUUUCGGCGACGACACGAAUGAAGGUACCAUAUUCGUCCCCAAGAAUGUUUCCAAUGUUGGGGAAGCAGAUACAUUCAUCCAGAAUCAAUUCCCAACUAUUACGUUGAAGCAAAUUGCUGCAAUCAACGCCUGGUACCUCCAUGAGAAUCAGACGCGCCAAUUUCCGGACGCUAAUCCCUAUUGGAGGCCUGCAAGUAAUGCAUAUGGUGAGAUGCGGUAUAUCUGCCCUGGGAUUGACCUGUCCUCUAUCUACGCCAAGGCCGGAAUCAACAGUUGGAACUACCACUACGCCGUGCAAGACCCAGACCUGGAAGAAUCCGGCCUCGGUGUAGAUCAUACAGUGGAAAUCAACGCUAUUUGGGGUCCAGAUUAUGUGACAGGAGAACCGCCCUCAUCUUACUUCACUACCAAUGCGCUGAUCGUACCCGUUAUGCAAGGUUACUGGACAAGCUUCAUCAAGACAUUUGAUCCAAAUCCUCAUCGUUACCCUGGGAGUCCACAAUGGAAUACUUGGGGUAAUGAAGGGCAUCGUCGCAUAUUCAUCAGAACAAACGAAACCAGGAUGGAGGCAGUGCCGGUAGAUCAGAGGGAACGUUGUGAAUAUUUGAUCAGCAUCGGACCGGAGCUUCAACAGUGA